AUGAUGGCUGGCAAUAAUCAAGACGAAGAUGAAGUCUUGGAACAAUACAGUAUCAUGGCCCAUGUAGAAGCUAGCACUCGAGUCAAAGAAAAUACCGGGUUUGACAUGUCAGAAUUCGAAAAACAGCGCAAACUGCAUCCAGAACAGACCAAAUUGGAUUAUUUUGAAACCAGCCGAAAACCCAAACAAAUGCUGCCAGAUGCCAAGAGCAUGUCGGGAGGUAGCAGCAGUGGCAUGAUGCGAGCGGAAGAGCCACCACUUCCGCCACCCAGGCCCAAUCGGCGGUAUUUGGAACAAAGGGCUCCUCACACACCAGAUCUAGUGGAUGGAGAAGCUGCGCAAGAAGGAAGCAUCCCAACGGGCUUCGUAUCGGUCAAGUGUUUGGGGUGCAAGACAUAUCUGAAAGUUAACAUGUUUGCCACACUAGUACGGUGCUCCGAAUGUUCCACAGUCAGUCCAUUGUGUUAG